CAUGGAGGCUACUCGGCAGCCCCUCGGCACCAGUCCCAGCAUCAACACAGCGCCAACUAGCGCAGAAACGGUUCCACGGCGCAGCCGCAGUAGCAGCAAAGGGGCAUCAGGCAGCAGCGGUUCCGGAGUUGCGGCUCACACAGCCCUAUCCAUGGCGUCGUCAGUGGGCGGCACCGCAACCGCCGCCGCUGCCGUACCACCAGCAGCAGCAGCAGCAGCAGCAGCAGCAGCAGCGGUUGUGGUGGGGGCCCCGGCCGAUGGUCGACUGCCAGGCAGCUGCAACAGAUCUCAUCACUGCCGAAGCCCAAGCUCUGAAGAUACGCGCAGCCGACGCAAGAGGCUUCGACCCCGAUCCGGCAUCCGCGCGCCUCUCCCGCGCCUACCCCCUGGCGGCCGUGGUGGGCCAGGACAAUAUCAAGCAGGCGCUGCUACUGGGUGCCGUGGACACUGGGCUGGGAGGUAUUGCCAUAGCAGGCCGCCGCGGUACGGCCAAGUCCAUCAUGGCUCGCGGCCUGCACGCGCUGCUGCCUCCCAUUGAGGUGGUGGAAGGCAGCUUCUGCAACGCGGAUCCGGAGGAUCCCCGCUCAUGGGAGGCCGGCCUGGCUGGAAAGAUCGGCGCGGGGCCCGUCAAGGCCAAGCUGCGAUCCGCUCCGUUCGUACAGAUCCCCCUGGGUGUCACGGAGGACCGCCUGGUGGGCACCGUGGACAUCGAGGCGUCCAUGAAGGAGGGCCGCACCGUGUUCCAGCCUGGUCUUCUUGCUGAGGCCCACCGCGGCAUCCUGUACGUGGACGAGAUCAACCUGCUGGACGACGGCAUCGCCAAUCUGCUGCUGUCCAUUCUGUCGGAUGGCGUCAAUGUGGUGGAGCGGGAGGGCAUCUCGAUCAGCCACCCUUGCCGUCCUCUCCUGAUUGCCACGUACAACCCCGAGGAGGGCGCCCUCCGCGAGCACCUGUUGGACCGCAUCGCCAUCACCCUGUCAGCCGAUGUGCCAUCUGCCUUCGAUGACCGAGUCAAGGCAAUCGACGCAGCCAUGCGCUUCCAGGACAAGCCGCAGGAGGUUCUAGACGAGGUUUCGGAGCAGACAGAUGCGCUGCGCAAUACGGUAACCAUGGCCCGUGAGUGCGUCAAGAACGUCAUCAUCACACCCAAGCAGGUGUCGUACCUUGUGGAGGAGGCGCGGCGUGGCGGCGUGCAGGGCCAUCGGGCGGACAUCUUUGCGGCACGGGUGGCCAAGGCCUGCGCCGCGCUAGAGGGCCGCGAGCGCGUCAACAAGGACGACCUGCGCCAGGCGGUGCAGCUGGUCAUCCUGCCCCGGGCCACCAUCUUGGACCAGCCGCCGCAGGAGGAGCAGCCACCGCCGCCGCCGCCCCCACCGCCGCCGCCGCCGCAGCAGCAGCAGCAGACGCAGCCCGCCCCGCAGGGCGAAACAGAGGAGCGGCGCAGCAGUGAAGAAGGGGAGGAGGAGGAGGAGGGGAGCGAACACGAAGAGAAGGAGAGCCAGGCGCAGGAGGAGCAGGAAGAGGUGCCACUGGAGUUUAUGAUUGAGGCGGAGGGCGUCGUACUGGAUCCAGCCGUACUGGAUUUUGCCCGCAAACAGCUACGGUCGCAAGGCCGCCGCAGCGGGCGGACCAAGGCCAUAAUCUAUUCCGAGGACAGGGGCAGGUACGUCAAGGCAAUGUUCCCCAAGGGCAACAAAAUUAAACGUCUUGCGGUGGAUGCCACCCUGCGCGCCGCGGCACCGUACCAAAAGAUCCGACGACAGCACUACUCUGCCUCCGGCCAGCCGCCUCGGAAAGUCUACAUCGAUAAAUCUGACCUACGGGCCAAGAGAUUGGCACGCAAGGCCGGCGCCCUCGUUAUCUUCGUGGUGGACGCCAGCGGCUCCAUGGCGCUGAACCGCAUGAGCGCAGCCAAGGGAGCGUGCAUGAGACUGCUGGCAGAGUCGUACACGUCACGUGACCAGAUCUGCCUCGUGGCCUUUUUUGGGGACAAGGCCCAAGUUCUGUUGCCACCCUCUCGAUCUAUCACCCUGGCGAAACACCGUUUGGAGACGCUGCCCUGCGGCGGUGGCACACCUCUGGCGCACGGGCUGUACACUGCCGUACAUACUGGCUGUACGGCACUUAAAUCUCGCCAAGUAGGCCAUGUGAUGAUGGUCCUAAUCACGGACGGCCGCGCGAACGUGAGCUUGGCCAAGUCUAACGAGGCCCCGGAGGCGCUCAAACCCGACGCACCCAAGCCCUCCGUUGACAGGCUCAAGGACGAGGUAUGCGACAUAGCCAAGAAGGCCGCCGUGGCUGGGAUCAACACGCUGGUCAUUGACACGGAGAACAAGUUCGUGAGCACGGGUUUCGCGGAGGAGAUCGCGAAGGCGGCGCAGGGCAAGUACUACUACCUGCCGAAUGCAUCCGACGCCGCCAUCGCGGCAGCAGCCAGCACAGCUAUGGCGGCAGCCAAGGCGCUGUGA